CGACGCGGGGGAGAGUCGGUGCGGGGCGGCGCGGGAAGAAAGGCACGGAAGGACGCGGGGCCGACGACGCCGCAUUUAAUCGGGCAUGGGUCUGACGGAUACCAGUUUCGAGCUACUUCUGACCCUGUGGCGAGUCUUCGUCGUGGGAGUCCAGCCGUGGACCGCGGAGCCGCGCGGCCAGUGUCGCGGUGUCUCGCCGAGCUGUAACGUUCACGGCGACGCGGUCGCACGUUAGUCGUCUUCGGCGCGACGCGAGGUGCCGGAAGGAUGUCGUCGACGGUGGUAAAAAAUGCCGCGAAGGACGUCGACGCCGGCGACGGCAGGGAGACCUGGUCGGGAAAGCUCGAUUUCUUGCUGUCGGUCAUCGGGUUCGCCGUCGAUCUCGCCAAUGUGUGGCGAUUUCCGUACCUUUGCUACAAGAACGGCGGUGGUGCAUUUCUGGUUCCCUACUGCAUAAUGUUAGUGGUCGGCGGGAUUCCCCUGUUUUACAUGGAGCUCGCUCUCGGUCAAUUCAACAGGAAGGGUGCUAUCACUUGCUGGGGUCGACUGGUACCGCUUUUCAAAGGUACCGGAUACGCGGUCGUCCUAAUCGCGUUUUACGUUGAUUUCUACUAUAACGUCAUCAUCGCCUGGUCGCUUCGCUAUUUCUUCGCCUCGUUCACCACGAUGCUGCCGUGGACCUCCUGCGACAACGACUGGAACACGCCGCUGUGCCGCGAGUUCGACGCGAACGUCUCGUACGCGCUCGAGGAUAUGACCAGCGAGUUGAAUGAGAAUUUUGGAAACACCACCCGGAUGCUGGUCGAUAUAGGAUCGGAUGUCGCUGUUCUGAGUACAGCGGAUAACCAUACGAGCGCGGCGCAUGAAUACUUCAAUCGCGCUAUUCUGGAGCUGCACCAAAGCGAGGGCUUACACGAUCUUGGUGCCAUUAAGUGGGACAUCGCGCUAUGCUUGCUCGUGGUCUAUCUGGUCUGCUAUUUUUCCCUGUGGAAGGGCAUCUCGACUUCCGGCAAGGUAGUCUGGUUUACCGCCCUUUUCCCUUACGCAGUCCUGCUGAUUUUGCUGAUAAGGGGUGUCACCCUGCCGGGCAGCACCGAGGGGAUCCGUUAUUAUCUCAGUCCAAAUUUCAAUGUUAUCACAAAAGCAGAGGUAUGGGUGGACGCGGCGACGCAGGUAUUUUUCUCCCUAGGACCGGGAUUCGGAGUGUUGCUAGCCUACGCGAGCUACAACAAGUAUCACAACAACGUUUACAAGGACGCCCUGCUGACGAGCUUGAUCAACAGCGCAACAUCCUUCGUCGCCGGAUUCGUCAUAUUCUCGGUGCUCGGUUACAUGGCGCGCGCCAGCGGCAAGUCCAUCCAGGACGUCGCCACGGAAGGACCCGGUCUGGUUUUCAUCGUCUAUCCGGCGGCCAUCGCUACGAUGCCCGGCUCGACAUUCUGGGCGCUCAUCUUCUUCAUGAUGUUACUCACACUCGGCUUAGACAGCUCAUUCGGAGGUUCGGAGGCAAUUAUAACGGCACUCAGCGACGAGUUUCCACUAAUCGGCAACAAUCGUGAGAUCUUUGUGGCGUGCUUGUUCACUCUAUAUUUCCUGGUCGGAUUGGCUUCUUGCUCACAGGGCGGGUUUUACUUUUUCCAUUUGUUGGAUCGAUACGCGGCCGGAUACUCGAUGCUGUUCGCCGUUCUGGCAGAAACAAUCGCGGUCAGCUGGAUCUACGGAACGGACCGAUUUUGCGACGACAUCAAAGACAUGAUCGGAUUCAAACCCGGUAUUUACUGGCGUGUAUGCUGGAAAUUCGCAGCACCACUUUUCCUUAUGUUCAUUAUCGUCUAUGGUCUGAUGGGCUAUGAACCUUUAUCAUACGAGGGCUACGUUUAUCCGGUUUGGGCAAAUAUAUUAGGCUGGCUGAUCGCAGGCUCUUCUAUCGUUAUGAUCCCAGGUAUGGCGAUCUACAAAAUCUGCACCACACCCGGAACCUUUGUUCAAAGAUUGAAGAUCCUAACGACACCAUGGCGAGACACGCAGCAUCAGAGGAACGAUCUGUCCUCGGUGGCGAACGGCGCGAUUCGACGAAGCUUCCUGGCCGAGCAAGAUUUCGAAAUUACCAAGGACCACGAGUUAACUAAGGAACAGACGGAGGUAAUGAUUCAAUCUAGAGAGGGUGUCAAGGGGAACGAUCCACCCCCCGAACCAGUCUAGGACAGUGCGGUUGUGAUUUUGCACGGUGCCCGGUUCCAAGUAUACCUCUGCUAGAGCACGAUCGCCGAGCAAGGUCCCACGACGGCGAGUAACAAUCCACCGAUCGAACAAGACAAGGAUCUUAUCACGAAUCGAUACACGACUCGAAAAGCACCCCACACUUGAAUCUUAGGGUACCGGCUUGAUUGACGACGUGGGACGGGGUCUCCUCUCUCGGUUUGUGGACGAGAUCCCGCGACUCGACGUUCGCGCGUCGGAUUCACUUUGUUCCUUCGUUAACGGAAUUAGAAUCUAUCCUGGUCCGCGUGUUCUGUCGCGAUGAAAACUGUUGCGCGGAUGCAGGAAAACAAUGAAGAAAGUGGAUAUAUCGUCGCGACGUAAUAUCGUCGUCAACCAUGCUUUCCCUCGGAUGGGCCUAACCGGACCUCCCCUAGCGAUAAUCCCCAUCCUGUAAAUAAUAACAAUCGCGCGUCACGGAGCACGACGAAUCGCAUGAUACUGGUGAUACGUCUUGGCGAACAAGCAAUUGAUGUUCACGCUUCUUCUAACGGACAAUGUUCGUCACAAACGAGAACUGUUGUCGUAAGCGAGAGCUACACGAUCCUACCUACUUUGGAUGACAGCUUUAAACCUAAGAGAAUCAUUUGCGUGCGAGGAGUCUAAUUUAGUGUAGGGUGUUUCAGCCUUUGUAAUAAAUCGACUCGGUACCUUCCCGGAGCGUGGCAACUAAUACACCCGCUUUGAGGCAACUAACUGAGAGCCUUCGGUAAAUUCCCCCCUCUGUGUAAAAGAUUCCCCCGAUUCGUUUCGCGACAUCGCGUUAAAACGAACUUUGUUGUUUAAUAAUAUUGUUUGGUUUUUCAGACCGACGCGAGAGAGUUAUGCGUAAAAUAUGUUCACUUCAUAUAAAGCUGUUAUAGAACAGAGAUUAUAAUAUUAAGAUAUCAUAUAGGAGAAGAUUACGCGACUCGGUUAAUCAGCUGUGACUGACGAUUCCCUCGCUCGACCACGUUGGUGUCUAUAAAAUAGAAAGUGGGAGGGAAUUGUGAGUUAACCGCGAUUAAUCGGCGUCGGUGUUUUAGACGGUGGAUUAGGCGAAUUAUAUUUCCGUUUGACCAGGCCGCCAGGCUUCCGUAAGCCUGGGCGAUAAAUGCUGUGUGGACUAUACGCAAAAUAUAAUCACCGGUAAAAUGUUAAGCAAUUUACUAGGUCUUAUUGCCGGUGUGAAUACGCUUCAUCGAUAUCCCGCUCAGUCCUGUGUCAAACAUCGUAGCAUAAAACGAUGCGUUUUUUUUUAAAUAUAGAUACGAUUUCCCGAUCAUUCGGUUCACUCACUCUGUAAUCUAGUCAUCUACUUCCUUACACAUUCGUUAAAGAUCCGAGAAUAUGUUAUGUAAUUUUUUUUCAUAGAGAUUCCCCGCAAAAUUGAACCACGAGUUCAUCUAUCUCGAUAUAGAUCGGUUACUUUACAUUAUCUGUGUUUAAACCGGCUCCGCACGACCUGUUUGUUCGCCGAAUAUUACGUGGACUUUACUACACCGAGAUCGGAGAUUUGUUCCAUUACGGCGUGGGACGUACACUAGAAAUCACUGAUGCCUCCCCAUAUGAAUUUAGGCACACGUAGAACACAUAUAUUUUCCAUGUAUGUAUAUGCAAAAUAUGUAAAUGUGUCGAUAUGUACACAAAUUCACAUGAAAAGGCAUCGGUGAUUCCUAGUGUACAACGUAUCAAUCGUCAACGUGUAAUCCGGUACAAACGGUAUCUUCAUUUUUCACGUAUACACGUAAUGUCAGGCGUCACUUGAUUUUUUAAUUAUCGAACGUAGAAACAUGCAUUGCAUUCGACGCAACGAAUGUUAAAUAGCCAUAAUAUUUACUUUAUACACUUAAUUCCCCUUGCAAUUCAAAAAAGUUUCGAUAGUCUAGUGUUAAAUAUUUUUACAUCUAAAUCAUUUCUGAUUCAAUUAUUGUCGAUAUUAUUUACGUAACGUUUUAUUUCUGUCAUUUCAAGAUUUUAAUACAGAUUUAAAAAUGUGUAUCCUCCAAGCAUCAUUGGUUAACUAUUUUUAUUCGCAAGUUUGGGUUUUUAAGAAAAUACAUAGAAGAUUAUUGUGCUAAAAGAUUCUUUUUAUAAGAGCUUAAUUCUGCUUAGAAAGAAAUAACUUUGCAAAAGAUUAACUAUCCAAACCAUCUUCGCAAGUGAGCGAUGAUUAAAUAUUUUAUUCUCAAUUUAAUAUAUUAUUUGAAGAAUCAUAUGAUACACGGAGAAAAU